AUGUCGAGGUGUAUUCGUGCACAAACGCCAAUGGAAAGCCAUCUUAGCCUACCAUUGUGUAUUCACAUUGCUCUGGCCUUGGGUGGAUAUUGGUACAGACAUACAACUCGCAUACGUGACACAAUAGAGCUAGGAUCAACGGAUACAGUGUGUACAAGUAUCAAAAAACCGCUUUCCCCUGGCUCAGCUCAAAUCACCGGUAUGUCCGACGUGGUACUGUCCAACAUAAGGCGCGGUGUCUUGACUCUCUCGUGUCUUAUGUGUGGUUGGCAGUUCACUCGCAAUGACGAGGAGUCCAGCAAAUUACUAUGUACACAUACAUUUACAUAA